AUGGCGGAUAUUGAUCUCAACUCAGCGAGACAGACUCGACUUCCGGCCAUCACGUUCAAGGAACCACGAGCGCACGACUUCCCGAUUGUGAAGUUCACUUGUCCGCACCCACACGACACGUGCAUGGCAAUCAAAGGAUGGUUGCUCAAUUCAGUCAAGGAAGGAGCGCUGGAGCGCCGCGUGAUUCGCAUGGAACGCCUACAUCUAUCGGACUUGCCAACAGAGACAGAAGGGUCUCUCAUACUGCUCGAAUACGCUGCGCAAGCGGACGAGCUGCGCAUAAGUAUACUCGCUCUGGUUAUGCCGCGAGACCCAAACAUCCGCUGGUUCUAUUCCGCCAAACCAAUCGACGAUCUGUUAACGACCCUUGCGGAGCUCGAAUACAUUACCACUCCACUGGUACGAGAGCCGACUCCCGACCACCGCAUUUGGGGGAAAGUGAAGAAACGAGAGCCCGAGCUCAGGAUACCCUUACCCCGGCGGAUGAUGAACGGGGAGGAGCAAGAAGGAGAGCCGGACCAUCACUGCCGAUUGUUUGUCUUCGUUCGACAAUGCUUCCUAAAUUCGAUCGCUGUGCCUCAUCAUCCGGACUACAUCGAAGCUCUGAAGUUCACCGACUACUCCCCCGAGAUCAUGGACCCGGACACAGCGCUUACACGAAUCCAAGCAGACGAGAUCUCCGCUCAUUCCAAGGACGGCAAAGAUCUCAGCGAUGAUCGGUAUCUGCUCGAGCUUCAUCCUGCCGAGCGCGAGAUCGCAUCACUGGUCCACCUCAACUGCGCCGAAUACUUGUUGAUGAAGCGCAAGUUCUUCUUCGAGUUCUACAUUGAGAUGAUGCAUACCAACAAGCAUGUCGAGGGUGGGAAGCAGAGGGUGAAGAGUGAUCGAGCUCAUCAGCGUUGGCUGGAGGACACCGAACCGUGGAAGUUGCCGUCGGCGAGGGCGAGACGAUGUGUGGCUGGUUGGAAGGUGCUAGGUCUCUUGGAUGAGCGCGUUUUGUUCGCUUGGAUUAGGAGUGGAGGGAAAUCGGCUUCGUCAAAGCAUUCGGCUGAAAUGACCUCUAGCGGCGUGAUUGACUGGGUUGGAAUUGGUUCGGGCUCGGAAGUGGUGGUGGUAGGUUCUGGUUCCGGUUCAGGAGUGGGAGUAGGCGUGGGCGUGGUCGUGUCGGUAGCGACCCAGCUUGCGCAGCUGGAGGUGUCCACGCAUGCCUGCUGGCCGCCGGAGCCGGCACAUUGGGAGAACGUGGUCGUUGAUGCACAGAUACUCCCAGAGGAGGAUCCAACGCCUGUGGACAAUGCGGGCAGACUGGUCCACACGGGCAGAGAGGGUAGGGUCGAGAAUGUCGUGAGUUCCGAGGUGGAUGGCAAAGAGCUUGUGGUGGGCGGAUCAGAGCUUAUGCUUGGUGGAACGUCUAUAAGAUCAGACUCUGUCUCCUCGGAUAUGUCGGUCUCUGGCCGGACCGUGGCACCUUGCAUCCAAAGAGGGACGUGAAAGCAUAGUGAACUGUACAUUGCGAAUGCAUCGUACUAGAAGGAGAGCCAGUGAUAGCGCAUGCCAAAGCCGAUGAAGGCGUAGGUAUGGUGGAUGAGGUUGUGCCGGCCAGAUUGCAUCCCGCAUUUUGUGUGCAGCUCGUUGUGUAGCAGAUCGUCGUGCUGGAUACGGAGCCGCCUGUGCUGGUAGAAGACACCGAGCAGCCAACUUUACAGUCGGUGACAGUCGUACUUUGAGUGCAUAUCUCGGUUGAACUGCUGGAUGUCGUGGAUGAAAUAUCGCCAUCAUCGUCGUCGUCAUUAUCACCACUAUCAUCGUCGUUGUUCUCAUUGGUCUGCGGAAUUGGACAGUCACCAGCCACGACUGACCCAAAUAUCUUGAUGCAUGGAAGGGAAAACUUGGGCAAGCUGGGAAAGCUCCAAGGUCCAGUCGGAGAGAGUGUUUGGAAUUGGCGGAAAGUUCCAGACUACCACUAGUCCAGCACCUCCUCCCGGACGGCAUCAUGUGCAGAAUAGUGCUGGGACGAUAGUACUGCUGUCGUCUCGGCUUGUGGUGAUCCAUGAGUUCGUCGUGAUGUCCGGAGGCUGUAUGAUCUCUGUGGAAACGCCCGAAGGAACGGUAG